GUUCCAGUGCGCACCCAAGGGCCGGUUUCAGCUGGUGUGUUGUCCUGGAUACGCCGACCGUAUAAAUACGGCCGUUAGCGCUAAGCAGUUCUUUACUUUCAUCCAGAGUCGGGAAGUGACUGGUGCAGUGCGCUAGCAGACUUAACCGGUUAGGAGAACUGUAUAUUUUUAUUUCCAGAUUUCUAGUCUAAUGGAUAAGUGUUGUAAAUGCUUUUUAAGAACACUCGCUUGAAAAAAGGGCACACUUGCUACUCGGCUGGCUUCGGCUUUGAGUCCUAUCUGAAAGGCUUCAACUUCACGGGUGAACCCCCUUGGCGUUCCUGCACUUGACUACUACAGAAAUCCCAUCUCUCUUGUGUCCAGUUUCUUUAGAUCUUGAGAAACUCCUGUUACAAAAUGGACGUACUUAAUGGAUUUGCUGCUGCUGACUUUGACUUCACCUUCCUGGAGGAGGGUUUCUCUGCCCGGGACAUUAUGGAGCAGAAGAUCAACGAGUCGUUGCUCUCGGACGAUAAGGACGCCUUUUACGUCGCUGACCUUGGGGAUAUACUGAAGAAGCACCUUCGCUGGUGUCGUGCACUUCCCCGGGUCACGCCUUUCUAUGCUGUCAAGUGCAAUGACAGCCGUGCAAUCGUCAUGACUCUGGCCUCCCUGGGGGCGGGGUUUGACUGUGCAAGCAAGACUGAGAUUCAGCUGGUGCAGUCUCUGGGCGUGGAGGCCGGCAGGAUCAUCUAUGCCAACCCCUGCAAGCAAGUCUCCCAGAUCAAGUAUGCUGCCAGCCAUGGGGUUCAGAUGAUGACUUUUGACAGCGAGGUGGAGCUCAUGAAGGUCGCUCGAUGCCACCACAAUGCUAAGCUGGUGCUGCGCAUUGCCACCGAUGACUCUAAGGCCAAGUGUCGGCUGAGUGUGAAAUUCGGGGCCAGCCUGAAGACCAGCCGGGAGCUACUGGAGAGGGCCAAGGAGCUGGGGCUGGACAUCAUUGGGGUCAGCUUCCACGUGGGCAGCGGCUGCACUGACCCCGAAACCUACACCCAGGCCAUUUCGGACGCCCGCUGCGUCUUUGACAUGGGGGCUGAGCUGGGCUUUAACAUGACCCUCCUGGACAUCGGUGGGGGUUUCCCUGGCUCGGAGGAUGCCAAACUCAAGUUUGAGGAAAUCACAGCUGUGAUAAACCUCGCACUGGAGAAGUAUUUCCCCUCGGACCGCGGCGUUAGAGUUAUUGCUGAGCCUGGCCGGUAUUAUGUGGCGUCUGCAUACACACUGGCGGUCAACAUCAUUGCCAAAAAGGUCGUCAAGAAGGAACAGUCUGGUUUAGAUGCAGAUGAAGAUGAUGGGACCAGUGACAGUACCUUGAUGUACUAUGUGAACGAUGGCGUUUAUGGCUCCUUUAACUGUAUCUUUUAUGACCACGCCCAUGUGCUGCCAACUCUGCACAAGAAACCAAAGCCGGACGAGCGCCUGUUCUCCUGCAGUAUCUGGGGGCCGACGUGCGACGGCCUGGACCGUAUCGUGGAGCAGUGUGUGCUGCCGGACCUGCAGCUGGGUGACUGGUUGCUCUUUGACAACAUGGGCGCCUACACUGUUGCGGCCUCCUCUACCUUCAACGGCUUCCAGAAGCCGGACAUCUAUUAUGUGAUGUCCCGUGCUGCCUGGCAACGGCUGCAGCAGAUCUGUGCCCAGGGCCUGCCCGAUGCCCUGGAAGAGCAGUGCUCCACCAGCAUUACGUCCUGUGGCCGUGAGAGCGGCCUGGAGAUCCCGGCCAAGUCUUGCUCCACCCGUGUCCUCUAACUGGGUGUCAGGUGACCAAUUAGUGAAUCAAAGGCCAGUUGCUUACCUUGGAAGGGCGUGUCCUUGUUCUGGCACUCAGUAGGAGAGGCAGGGACCCCCUCCUAGUGCUCAGACACAUUUGGGUUUCUUGGGUUUUCUUGUCUAUGCUGUAGGACAGGGAUCAAGCAGGAUUUGUGAUCCAAUGUUACUGCCCCCCCCCCUGCACUGGGUACCCCUGGGGAGGUUAGCCCUUCAAGAAAUGGCUGCUACACACCUAUUUAAAUCUGAUCUCAUCUUGCAUAUAGGCACCAGCCUUCCUCUCCCUUUGGGGACUUUUCCUUUAUUUUGUCAUUUUAUUUAAAUUUUAGUAUGCCUGUAUAAGAUGAUUUAAAUGAACUGAUGCAUUGGGAAAUGGAUAUGAAAGAGAUGGGGUUGCACAUAGCAUUGUGUUCCUAUGGAAACUUUUACAUUUUUGUAAUUUUUUAAAAAUAAACUAGACCUGGA